UCCGGGUGGCUGGGGCCCGCGGGUUCUUCGGGAGCCCGGCGAACUUAGGGCGCCCCAUGGACCGCAAGGAGGAGCGAGCCGAGGCGCGUGUGGCGUGGGGAGACCUCACGGAGGAAAACCAAAGCUCUUGCUCUCAAUUCACUGAACAAACACUGAGCACCGUCAUCACAGUGAUGAAGUUCCUACAGUGUUGGGAACUGAUGUCCUUAAACAGCCAGGAGCCUGUGCCCCCAGAAUAGGAAGAACAUAUUAGAAGCUCUUUGUGCUCGGGCUGGGAGGAUCAUGGCGUUUCACCUUGACCUUCUCUUAGGAGUGGUACUCAUGGCCAGCCCUCUGCUUGGAAUUUCUCCCUGCUCCUCUGAUGGUCAGAGGGCCUUCUAUCGUUUCUGCAACCUCACCCAGGUCCCCCAGGUUCUCAACACCACUGAGACCCUCCUGCUAAGCUUCAAUUAUAUCCAGGCAGUGACAGCCACAUCAUUCCCCUUCCUGGGGCAGCUGAAGCUGCUGGAACUCGGAACUCAGUUUACCUCCUUCACUAUUGACAAAGAAGCCUUCAGAAACCUGCCCAAUCUUAGAAUCUUGGACUUGGGCAAAAGUCAGAUAGGCUUCUUGCAUCCGGAUGCUUUUCAGGGACUGCCCCAUCUGUUCGAACUUAGGCUGUUCUCCUGCGGGCUCUCUGAUGCAGUGUUAAAAGAUGGUUAUUUCAGGAAUUUGCAUUCUUUGUCUCGCCUGGACCUGGCCUACAAUCAGAUCCGUAGCCUUUCCCUUCAUCCUUCAUUCUCGGAACUGAAUUCCUUGAAAUCCAUUGAUUUUUUGCUCAACGAAAUAGCUGUGGUAUGUGAGCAUGAGCUCAAGCCCCUCCAAGGGAAAACACUCUCCCUUUUACGCCUUGCAUCUAAUCACCUGUACAGCAGGGUCUCAGUGGACUGGGGGAAGUGUAUGAACCCGUUCAGAAACAUGGUCCUGGAGACCUUAGAUGUUUCCCUCAAUGGCUGGACCGCGGACAUCACAAGAAACUUUUGCAAUGCCAUCAAUGGAAGCCAGAUUUCCUCUUUGGUUCUUGCCCACCACAUUUUGGGUCCUGGGUUUGGCUUCCAAAACAUGAAAGAACCUGACCGGGAUACAUUUGCCGGCCUGGCCAGAAGCUCAGUGAUACGUUUAGACCUUUCACAUGGAUUUAUCUUCUCCCUGAACUUCCGGCUCUUUGAGGCCCUCAAGGAGUUGAAACUUCUGAACGUUGCCCACAACAAGAUAAACGAGAUUAAAGAUGAGGCGUUUUAUGGACUGGACAACCUCCAAGUUCUUAAUCUGUCAUAUAACCUUCUAGGGGAACUUUAUAAUUCUAACUUCUAUGGACUACCCAAGGUGGAAUAUAUUGAUCUGCAAAAGAAUCACAUUGGAAUCAUUCAGGAACACACAUUCAAAUUCCUGGGAAAGUUAAAUACGCUAGACCUCCGGGAUAAUGCUCUGCAAACAAUUGAUUUUAUUCCAAGCAUAUCUUAUAUCUAUUUGGGUGGCAAUAAACUGGUGAGUUUGCCAAACAUCGCACUUACAGCCAACUUUAUCCAAUUAUCAGAGAACAGACUAGAAAGUCUGGAUAAUCUCUACUUUCUUCUCCAGGUACCUCACCUCAAGAUUCUCAUUUUAAAUCAAAAUCGCUUUUCCUCUUGUAACCCAAGUCAUGCCCCUUCAAAGAGUCUCAGCUUAGAAAAGCUUUUCCUUGGAGAGAAUAUGUUGCAACUUGCCUGGGAGAGUGGGUCCUGUUGGGAUGUUUUUAAGGGGCUUUCCCGUCUCCAGGUCCUAUACUUGAAUAAUAACUACCUGAAUUUCCUUCCACCUGGAGUAUUUAGCUAUCUGACUGCAUUAAGGGGUCUCAGCCUCAAUUCCAACAGGCUGACCUCUCUUUCUCCUAACGACUUACCUCCUAAUUUAGAGAUCCUGGAUGUGUCCAGAAACCAGCUCCUAUCUCCUGAUCCUAAUGUAUUUGCAUCACUUAGUUUCGUGGACAUAACUCAUAACAAGUUCAUCUGUGAGUGUGAACUCAGCGCUUUCAUCAGGUGGCUCAAUCAAACCAAUGUCACUAUAUUUGGGUCUCAUGCAGACAUAUACUGCAUGUACCCCGACUCGCUCUCUGGGACUUCCCUCUACUCUCUGUCCGUGGAGGGUUGUGAUGAAGAGGAAGUCUUAAAGUCCCUAAAGUUUUCCCUUUUCAUCUUAUUCACUGUCACUUUGACCCUGUUCCUCACGACCGUCCUCAUAGUUGCGAAGUUCCGGGGGUUUUGUUUCAACUGUUAUAAGACAACCCAGAGAUUGGUGUUCAGGGACCAAACCAAGGGAAGACCCUACGAUACAUACAAAUAUGAUGCCUAUUUGUGCUUCAAUAGCAAAGACUUUGAAUGGGUGCAGAACGCUUUGCUCAAACCCCUGGAUGCCCAGUACAGUGACCAAAACAGAUUGAACCUGUGCUUUGAAGAAAGAGAUUUUGUACCGGGGGAAAACCACCUCACCAAUAUCCACAGUGCCGUGUGGAGCAGCAGAAAGAUUGUGUGUCUUGUGAGCAGACAUUUCCUUAGAGACGGGUGGUGCCUCGAAGCCUUCAGUUACGCCCAGAGCAGGAGCUUAGCUGACCUCAACAGCGCCCUCAUCAUGGUGGUGGUCGGCUCCUUGUCCCAGUACCAGCUGAUGAAACAUGAGUCCAUCAGAGGAUUUGUACAGAAACAGCAGUACCUGAGGUGGCCUGAGGAUCUCCAGGACGUUGACUGGUUUCUCCAUAAACUUUCUCAACACAUACUAAAGAAAGGAAAGGAGAAGACAGACAAUGACGUUCAGCUGCAAACUAUAGCAACCAUCUCCUAGUCAAAGGAGUAGUUUCAGCUGAUGUCAAGCCACAGGGAACUUUAUAUUUGCACUAAGUUACCUUCUGAGGGUCCUUUUUGAAGUUGUGUGUUUUUUUUUGGUUUGCUUUUUGUUUUGUUUUGUUUUUUCCUACUAUGAAAACAACAUAAAGCUCUUGAUGUUCAUAGCAACACAAUGUUUUGUCUCACUGACCUCCACAUGGAAAGAAAUGGAUCUGGACGAUUCUACGAAUACUACGGAAUAUUUCCUAGUCGUGGGUGGGGCGCCUUGAGAAAAGUUACAGAUGGCGGACAUGAAGGAGCUGGCAAAUGAGUCCGAGCUCUCUGUGCUCUACAGGAAAACACUGAGUAGAAAACAAACAGAAAAUGAGGCAUGCUUCCUACGUCUGCCUUGGGCACAAUGCCAUAGCUGGGUGCAGGUCACGCUCAGUCACGGGGCUGAGAGGUGGCGCUAAAGAGGCCAGGAUGAGAACAACUAGAUCUCUUGUGGCCAUAGCAGUCUUCCUCUUCUUACCUUCAGCUCCUCCAGAUUUAAUCCCAGUGGACCAUGAGUGUUUUUUUUGUUUUUGUUUUUGUUUUGCAGGCAACCAUUGUUUAAGACCUUCUGUGAUUUAGCACCGAACUAUCUCAGCUUUAUUUCUUUUUUAUCAUUUAUCAUCCACUCAGGCUAUUGUGGAAAGAACGUAGCCUGUGGACACAGAUCCUGGUUUGGGUUCUGAUUCUGCUGCUUUUUAGCUCUGUGACCUCAAGCAUGCUAAACACCCUUGCUGGGCCUUAGUUUUUUUGCCUGGAGGCGUGAUCAUAUCUACCUCAUAGAGUGGCCGUGAAAAUGGAAUUGGCCAAGGAUAUCAGGACUUCUCAGAUCUUGUUCUUAGUUGCCCCAAACGGCCACAAGAGGGAGCACACCCUGGAGUUGGUCGAAAUUUCUGAGGUUUUGUUUUUUUUUUUUAUCACAAAAGAAAUCUGCAUGUAGUUUGCAUUCUGUUUCAUUUUUUAAUGUUUAUUUUGAUAUAGGAACGUUUUUCUGGAAAAGUAUUAAGAAAAUUUAAACGAGGGAAGGUGUGCCAAAAUUACCCUGUGACUUCAUAUACGGCUUCCUCCAAGUCCAGCAUAGCCCCAGACAAUUCCAUGGAAGGAACUCGCCAAGGGUCGUGUGGCCCUCUCAGAGACCAUGGUCUAGGCGAGUCUGACAAGGCGGCUUUAUGCUUGAAACUUGGGGACCUGAUCCAACAGGCUGGAAAUGUUUCUUUGGCCAGCUCAGGUACUUCAUCUCCGCAGGGCCCCGUUUUUCUGUCCCCUCUCCUGGAAGGUCGCCUCACUGAGACGUGAUAAAAACCAAUGACAUCAUGUCUCAUCGGGACCUCAGCCCCUUCAGGAAGCAGGUGCUUUGGCAGAGUGGAGGUGGGGGCAUUUUCCUGCCGCGCUGACCUGGGUUUGCUGCUGAAGUAGCCCUCAGGGCCUAACACGUGAGGCCGCUUUCAUAGUUUUUCCAAUGACCUUGGCCAUUAAUUGGCUCCCAACUCUUUCCCCAUCUGCAGCUGUGUUAUAGGGCCAGCACGUUCCAGGCCUGUAAGUUGUGCCAAGCCCUAAGGGAUUUGCAAACGUAAGUCAGCAACGUUUCUGUGAGUUCGUCCAGGUGAAACAAAAGAACGUUUUUGGAGAAAGGACCAAGGAAGACCUUCAGGCUUAGAUGUAAAACAAAGGAGGAAAAGUCAGUGUGAGAGCCACUGGCAGAUGAAAGUGCCACCUCUACCUUUGCUCAGGCUGCAGACCCAAAUGAGCCAGGGACAGGAGUUCCCCCACUUAGCGUCCUCCCCAGAGAACACGCUGGCCUUGGAAUCGGAAGACUCGAGUUGUCGGCCUAGCUAGCUGUGUGUUGUUUAACUGGUCAGAGCUUCAGGUAUUGGAUUUGUUGUUGUUGUUGACUUCCUCCCAGGACUAAAUGUAUGUGAAACAAGUGACAUGUUCUAGCACAAAAUAAAUGCACAUUAGUACCUGGAGAGUGCAGAGAGGUGAGGCUAUGUCGAGUACAUGGACCAUCUAUGUUUUCCUCGGUUCCAUCACUCUGCCUUCAGUUCCUCGGGUUUAGACACUCCGUUCCUUGCCCCUGGGGUGAGGCUGACCUCUCUGGAGGUCUAGGCAAUGCCUCUGGGAAUCGGAGAAGGAAAUCCCUGAGCUGUUUUUGUUUGUUUGUUUGUUUGUUUGUUUGUUUGUUUAAGUACAAUAAAAUGAAUAGAUCCACAGUAUACACUUCAAGGCAUUCUACACCCAUGUAAUGACUACCUCAGUCAAGAUGUAGUGUAUUUCUAUCACUUUAGAAAGGCCCCUAUUGCCUGGCCCUGCCAGUUACCCACCCCUGCCCCAAGUCGUGUAACCACUAUCGUGAUUUCUAUCAAUGCAGAUUCAUUUUAUCUGUUCUAGAGCUUCACAUAAAUAGAAUUAUUCAAUCAAUCUUUUGCACCUGGCUUCUCUUAUAAUUUUGAGAUUCUUCAAGGUAUUGCCUCUGUCCGUGGUUUGUUCCUUUUCAUGGCAUUGUAUGGAUUUACCUCAAUGUAUUUACCCAGCCUCCUGUUGAGGUCUGUUGUUUACAGCAAACGGGGUUCCUCCCAGCUAUUAAGCUACUAUUAUACAAACAAACCUACCAUGUAUGUUCUUUUACAGAUCUUUUGGUGGACAUGUUUUUGUUUCUCUUGGGUAAAACAUCCAGGAGUGAAAUUGCCAGGUCAUAGGAUAAGUAUAGGUUUUACUUUGAAAGAAACUGCCCAGUUGCUUCAUGUCCUCAUCAGCGCUUGAUAUGGUCGGUCUUUUGCGUUUUAGCCUCUCUAGUGGGUGUGAAAUGGUAGCUCAUCGUGGUUUUCAUUUGCAUUUUCCUAAUGACUAACAUAUUGAAUACCUUUUUCACAUGCUUGUUACCCAUUUACAUAGAUUCUUUUAUGAAGUGUCUGUUCAGAGGUAUAAGACAUUUUUCCUCAUUGGAGAUUUGCUGCUUCUCUCUAUUUCAGUCAGGAUUCAACUGAGACUACAGAAGCGAUUCUAUGUCCUCCAGGUAUUCGAAGAUUUAAUUUGGAGAAUUAGGGGUCUAGUGAGCUAUUGGAAGACCUAGGAGAGUGAAGGUCAGAGACACUUACACCAAAGGCUGCUCAGCCUACGACACUCAAGCAGAUGGACCUUGGAAGUUGCACUGUCGAGAGCAUCUAGGAAGCUCCCACAGGCUUCCUCUGCAGCAGCAAAGAAAUGGCUCUUGAGAGCACUGCAGGAAGACAUCCUGAUUCUCAAUUCCUCACAGGUCUGGCUGCAACUGUCUCUGAAGAAGAACGGCCUUUCCUUUUUCUUCUUCCUCAUUUUAGGAGUGCCUCUCAUUUGCAAACCCUGACCAGGAACCAGACAGGAAGGGGUUCCAGGAAAUGGUCCUGGCUUUCUUCUUGGGGGUGGGGUAAGCUGGGGCCAAGUUGACCACAGAUAGGCCAACGCUUACGCGAAGAGUCUCUCCAAUCCACGAGUGGAGUUGGUGUCCUCUGAGUAGCAUUCUCAAGUCCCCCAGGAAGCUGGGGUGUGGUGUGCAUGUAUCCCCACAGGAGAGGUGCAGAGGUGGGAUGCUUCAGAGAUGUUACUCAAGGUGACCAUGGCAACCAGGAGCAAGAGCCAAGGUGUUAGCCCCAAAGGUGAUGGAGGGCAACGACAUGAAGGGCGAAGCAAACCAGCAAGGGAGCAAAUGCUUGUCGCCAGUGGAGUUGGGACCAGGUCAGGAAAAGAUGACUAGCUCAGGAACAAGACUCUGAAGAAGCAGAUGCAGCCCAAGGCCUCACGCUGGACUGGACCCCCUCUCCCCGUCCUGUGUCCUCUGUGGGCAGCCUGUACCCUGUGAUGGCGUUUCUGGGGCCUGAGAGGGAACGUAUCCUGAACUAAUGUGCAUCAUAGCGGCCCGUGCUGCCCCCACAGCCCGGAGAAGACCAGGGGCUGGUUUGUGAAUGUUGAGAGGCCUUUCCUCUCACAACAGCCAAUGACCUAAAGGAAACUCCCCCAGAAAAGAAAACAAUUAUGAGUUAUGGAUUAUUAUAGGUUGAAUUAUGUCCUUCACAACCCAUGUGUUGAAGUCCUAUCCCCCAGGACUUCAGAAUGGGACCUUAUUUGGAAAUAGGGUCACUGCAGAGAGCUCCAAAGGACAACAGUGGUCUGGAAGCUUCUACAGGCCUGGGGUUUGUCUUAUCUAUGGAGAGCAGAUGUUGGGUCCAUUUUCAUGAGUUGUAAGUUAUGCAGAGCAGGCAGGCUCUGGCUGGGUAAAAAUAUACUCAUUUGGGCUCUAUUUAAAGCCACUGGAUGUGUAAAAAUUUGACUCUGGUGCUGGUGGGCUUGGAGCUAAUGGUUCUAGCCCACUGUGAAGUAAACAACAUAGGGGCCAAUACACGGGCCAUUUUUAAUCCAUUUGUACAACAUGCCCGUAAAACAAAUAGUAGACAGAAUGCAGGACAGGUUUGCCUGGACUUUUUACAUUCUUUCACAUUCUCUGCCAUGUAGGGGAGCCCUACUGGCUGCCCAGUAACGUGUACAAACUACCCAAAUCCUCCGUUGCCAUGAAAUCAAGUAAGUUUCCACAGAGUCGAAGGAAAAGCAACAAUAGCAUCUAAGCACCCCCAGAACCCUGGGAACGGGGUUGCCAUUGGUGUCCCCAUCAGGAUUAUCAUCUCCACAAGCAGUUCAUAGGCUCUGUUUCAGGGCAUCAAAAUGUAUGGGCCACACCCUCAGCUCUCGAAGGAAUUGCUAAACUGGCAGAUUUUUCAUGAUCUCAGUAAAGCCAGGUGACAAUGUACUUGACCAACGGGUCCUCUUGUUCAAUGAAUUUCCAAGUCAGUUACAAAAAUAAAGCAAAACAAUGCCACCAUCUCA